AUGGGUGAAAGCUCGUCGUCCUCAACGGGAUUGAUCAUCGGCCUCGUGAUUGCUGCAGUUGUGCUACUCGCUGUAGGAGGCUGGUAUCUACGUCAUUGCCGACGUCACAAACGCGUCAACGGACCCAGAAGUAGUCACAGCCAGAGCACGGAGUACGUGGACUGCGUGUUGACCCCUGACCUCAUGGCGAUCGUGGCUGACGGUAGUCGUCGGUCUUCCAGCUCAAUGGGGAUCGGCGGCAAGUGGUUCCAUCAUCUGCCACGUAUCACUAGUGUACCGCCCAUGGAGUUCUUCGACCACCUCAGUACAGGAGGCGGACGCGAUUCGAUCAGCGGCGCCACCACAACAGCCACCGGAUCGUCCCCUGUGACCAAUGGAACGCAACUGCAAUGGCUGGAUAAAUGUGACUCUAGUGACGAACUGGCAUGCUCUGCUGCGGCUCUGGAACAGAGUCGUCUACCUCCAAAUUGCGUCGUUGAUGGCGAAUUACUACACGAAGGCAGCUUCACCUUAGCCUUCCGCGCUACACUACGGAUCGAGGGGCAAGCGAAUCGCCAGGUCGUCGUGAGACGCCUACUUCCAGAACUCGCAGAGCAGCAGUCGUACCGUCAAGCGUUCAUGGCAGAUAUUACGCUCAGUGCCUCACUGCUACAUCCACGGAUUGUAGCGUUCAUCGGGUUCUACGACCCAACACAGCGCGUGUACGACCUCGAUUCACCGACAUCACCUUCACACAUUGUUCAACAAGCAGCUCAGCCCUCAGCAGUGACCGAGUACAUGCCUAACGGGGAUCUGCGUGCAUUGCUUACACUGCGACCUCGCAGCGCGCAAGACUUUGGGUGGUUCCAUUCCGUCUCAGUACCCAAAACCAAGGCACAUCUUGCGCUCGAUAUCGUGGAUGCACUUGUGUACUUGCACUCUAGACCAGCAAGUGUCAACACACCGCUCCAUCCUCCACAACUUAAGGCACAACGUGUUUUAUUAUCGGAACUUUGUGACGCGAAACUCUGCGCGUUCGGGGUAAAGCGCGCCCAAGCACCGUACACUCGAAGCGACUUUUCCGUCGCGUGGUUGGCACCUGAGCUACUGCGAGGCGAGCCGAGAAGUGAACAAGCGGACGUGUACUCCCUAGGUGUGUUGUUUACUGAAUUAGACACGUGCGAGCUACCGUUCGCUUCGGGUGUUGACAUGGACGAUGGAAUGGAUGAGCAAAGUCAAUUGGCUCUGCUCGUAAGCUCAGGUUGCAUCCGUCCUUCACUGUCGAUGGAUUGCCCCGUUCAGAUUCAAGAGCUCGUGAUGCGGUGCUUGAGUUUCUCGCCGCACCAACGCCCGCCUAUUAUCGAAGUGCAACAUACACUACGGAAACUUAUCAACGACACCAGUGUUUGUGGCACGUCACAAGCCUCGCUUCCGUCCAAUGUGUCGUCUCUUCGGAGUACACCGGGGAAUGCCACACUCAACACACUCUUCACACCGUGA